AUGAAAACACGCUUUAAUACAUAUGAUAUAGUUUGUGGUGUCACCGAGUUGCAGAACUUGGUUGGACAACGCGUAAAUCAAAUCUAUGACAUCGACAACAAAACAUAUUUGAUACGAUUUCAAGGAGGCGAAAGCAAAACAGUGCUCUUAAUUGAGUCUGGCAUACGAUUUCACACAACAGCUUUUGAAUGGCCAAAGAACGUCGCGCCUUCGGGCUUCAGUAUGAAACUGAGAAAACAUCUAAAAAACAAACGUUUGGAAAAGUUGGAACAACUAGGCAUGGAUCGUAUAAUUGAUUUGCAAUUUGGUACUAGCGAAGCUGCAUACCAUGUUAUUGUUGAGCUUUACGAUAGGGGCAAUAUUAUACUCACUGACCAUGAAUUUACAAUUUUGUAUAUUCUGCGACCACAUUAUGAAGGUGAAGAAGUACGAUUUGCAGUUCGUGAAAAAUAUCCUUCAAAUCGUGCGAAAGAACAAGCUGUUGACUUAACAGCGAAUGAUGUGCGCACUUUGAUAGAAACAGCAAAACCCGGUGACAAUUUGCGACGUUUGCUAAUGCCAAAAGUGGAUUUUGGACCGGCUGUGAUAGAUCAUGUACUACAUAAAUAUAAACUAGAUAAUUGUAUAAUAGAAAAGAAAGAAGAUCCAAGUACGGCCGCAGAAGAAGAAACUACAACACAACAAGCUGAAAGUGGUGGUGGUGGUAAAAAAUCGCGUAAGCAAAAGAAAAGGGAAGGCAAAUCAAUGAACAUGCGGAAUUUUGAUAUUAAUACUGAUUUACCCACGUUGGUUCAAGCAAUACAGGAAGCUACUCGGAUAUUUGCUGAAGGUCGCUUAUCUGUGUCGAAAGGUUUUGUUAUACAAAAACGCGAGGAGAAACCUGCAACUACCGCCGAAGCCGCCAAAGAGGAUUUUUAUCAAAAUAUCGAGUACCAUUCCUAUCCGUUUGCACAGUUUGAAGGACAACCACGAGCAGAAUUUGCAACAUUCAUGUUGGCUGUGGAUGAGUUUUAUUCCACACAGGAAGCGCAAAAAAUCGAUCUGAAAACUUUACAACAAGAACGAGAAGCUUUGAAAAAGUUGUCCAACGUUAAGAAUGAUCACGCAAAGCGUCUUGACAAUUUAACCAAAUCUCAAGAAGUUGAUAAACAAAAAGCCGAACUUAUAACCUGUAAUCAAGAGUUAGUUGAACACGCAAUAGCCGCUGUUCAAUCGCUCAUUGCAUCUCAAAUGUCAUGGCCGGACAUUGAAAAAGUGGUCAAAGAGGCGCAAGCUGAUGAUGAUCCCAUAGCUGGGGCAAUCACAAAACUGAAAUUAGAAAUUAAUCAUAUUUCAUUGCGACUCUCAGAUCCUUAUAAAAAUGAGGAAGGCGACUCCGAUGAUGCCGAUAAUAAUGAGGACGGCGCUGAUGGUUUACCAACGCUGGUGGUCGAUGUGGAUUUGGCGCUAUCAGCUUGGGCAAAUGCAAGAAAGUAUUACGAUCUAAAACGCUACGCCGCGAAGAAAGAACAGAAAACAAUCGAUGCUUCGAACAAAGCCUUGAAAUCAGCCGAACGCAAGACGCAGCAAACAUUAAAAGAAGUGCGCAUAAUAUCCACAAUUUCGAAAGCGCGCAAAGUCUACUGGUUUGAAAAGUUUUAUUGGUUUAUUAGCUCUGAAAAUUAUUUAGUCAUUGGUGGCAGAGACGCACAACAAAACGAACUGAUUGUGAAACGUUACAUGAGACCCACAGACAUUUACGUGCACGCUGAAAUUCAAGGUGCCUCAAGUGUUGUCAUUCGGAAUCCAACCGGCGCUGAGGUGCCGCCAAAGACAUUAUUAGAAGCUGGCACGAUGGCUAUAUCAUACAGUGUAGCUUGGGAUGCCAAGGUAGUGACUAACGCGUACUGGGUGCGUAGUGAUCAAGUCACUAAGACGGCGCCCUCUGGUGAAUAUCUAGGUACUGGCAGUUUCAUGAUACGUGGCAAAAAGAAUUUUCUGCCAUCCUGCCACUUGAUAAUGGGAUUAAGUCUGCUCUUCAAAUUGGAGGACAGUUUUGUGGAGCGACAUCGUGGCGAGCGAAAAUUGCGUACUUUCGAGGAGGAACAACAUGAACUGGAGGAGCAAGAACAGCGCUUGAAAGAGUUGGGACUAAAUGAAGAUGUAGAAAUAAAUUUGGAUGAAGAGCCUGAACAGAGUGAAAAAUCGCAAGAAGAUUUGAAAGCAAAACAACUGGAGACUGUCGAUGAAAACGCUGAAGAUACAGAUUCAUCGGAAGACUCAACCAACUUUCCAGAUACUCAAGUAAAAAUUGAACACGACACUGGACGCAUAACUGUACGUACCGAUUCUGUUGUGGAAUCGACCACCGAAAAUGCUGAACAUGCGAAAACCACCGGCAAAGCCAUUGUAAAGCAAGAGGAAGAAGAAGCAACAAUAAUACCGGCAGCGGCACCACGUAAAAAACAACAACAAAACGCUAAAAAGCGGAAAGAGGAAAAAGAACGUAAAACUCAACAAGAAUUAAGACAACAGCUACAAAAUGCCGAAGAAAAAGACUCAAAGAAUUCCAAUAUGAAGCGUGGACAGCGUGGUAAACUAAAGAAGAUGAAAGCCAAAUAUAAGGAUCAAGAUGAGGAGGAACGAGAACUACGUAUGAGGUUAUUGAAUUCCGCUGGUAAAGAUAAAAUUGAUUUAGCUAAAAAGAAGGCCGAAGAAGAGCUGAACAUGCAGAACACACAAAAGGAAAGGCGAAAUUUUGCGCGCAAAGAAGAACUUUCCCAAGGUGCAGUCGAGGUGGAUGACGACGAUAUGCCUGCAGGUGCCGAUGUGGCCAUGUUAGAUGCGCUUACCGGACAGCCGCUUGAAGGCGACGAGUUAUUGUUCGUCAUCCCAGUGGUGGCGCCAUAUCAAGCAUUGCAAAAUUACAAGUUUCGCGUCAAGCUCACACCAGGCACGGGUAAACGUGGACGUGCUGCUAAAACUGCCUUAACCAUGUUCUCCAAGGAUAAAAAUUGCGGCACACGUGAAAAGGAUUUGCUAAAAAGCAUCAAGGAAGAAGCUUUGGCGCGAAAUAUACCGGGCAAAGUCAAAUUAUCGGCACCACAAUUGCAAAAAUUUAAAAAGUAACGGGCGGAUGAAUGCUCGCAGUUGCUUGUACAUACUGUUAUGCUUAGGUAACUUUAGUGGCUUGCUACACAAUAAAAGCAAUUAAAAAUAAUUUCCAUGAUAUUUAAUGUUCGUUGAUUUAAUUAAAUAGUAUUAUACGCUAUUGAUGUGCUGGUUUACAAGGAAAUAUAUAUACAAAUACAACUGAA